AUGGACGAUUACCGUCGUUACCGCCAGAAGCCUCAGCAAGAUCCCAACGCUGCUCGUAACGAACUUUUCGGUGGACCUCAGCGGCAACCAAACUAUCCGCCACCAGGUCAAUAUCCACCUCCCUCUCAAUACGGUGGGGCUCCACAGAAUCCUUAUGGUCAGAAUCCUUAUGGAGGCUAUGGGCAGAAUCCCUACGGAGGUGGAGGCUAUCCUCCACAGGGUGGAUAUUCUCCGUAUGGUCAGCAACGUACCGAGGAAGAAGAAGUUGACGAGAUAAAGACCCAGAUUCGACAGACGAAAUUAGACUCGCUGCAAUCUACUCACAACUCUUUGGCGGCAAUCCAGAGAGCGGAACAGUCUGCUCAAAUCACACUGAAUAAGCUUGGAGAACAAUCAC